AAAAAGAAACAAAAAAGGUACAAAGAGUGAUUUUUAUAAAUUCACGUUUUUCUUUUCCUCCACGAAAAAAAUGUUAAAUUUAUUAAUUUCCUAUUCAAUUUAUUAAAGAUUUUCCAUUAAAUAUUUUUCGAAUACUUUCCCUACAACGUAAAUGUAAUCCGAACUGAUAACAAAACUUUCUUGAAUUGAAUCGAGGAAAUCAGUUGCAUUUUGUUAAAAGUAGAAAAGAAAAACAAAAGAGAACAAAAAACAUGAAGAAGAAGCGCCAAACUGAUCCGCAUGGUGGCGAAGAUUACUCGACUGAGUCGUGUGAUGAAAAGCCACCAAAUGGCACGGGGACAGGAUCCUCGAGAGAUUGUACACAUAUUAAAAAGUCUGUCGAUCCGACACGUUUGAGGAAGUGCCUCAAAGCGAUCGGUAUUGUGACUGACACUUGUUCAGAAUGUGAAAAGGCCAAUAAUAAACAAGUUGCAACAGUUCCAUCGGAUUCUGGAGCAGCGGUGGAAGAUGAGACUGGGGAUAUGUUUGAAUAUGAUAAGACAUUGUGGCUGUGUCUUAAAUGUGGCACACAAUUGUGUGGAAGGUCAAAGAAUCAGCACGCUUUAAAGCAUUUUCAGACACCUCAUUCUGAUUCACAUUCAGUGGCAAUGAAUACAACAACUUUUGAGAUUUGGUGCUAUGCAUGUGAUGAUGAGGUCAGCCCAACACUGCGUAAAAACCUACAAGAAUGUGUAGAGUUGGUAAAGAAACUUCUCCAAAAGCCCCCAGCUGCCCCAGCUAUACCACUGCAAGGUAGUGAGAAUUCAAUUGAUGCAAUUCAAGGAAAAAUUGCUGCUACCUUGGAACACAUCCGACCACUGCUAUCAACCGAACAACAACAACAAGGAGCUGAAAAUAAUAAUGGAGUAGUCUACGGUCCAUCACCACCACCUCCACCGCCAAUACCUGGAAUGGCCAAACGGGUUCAAAUUCAACCCGAUCCCAGCUACGAAACAACCAUUUAUCGACCUCCCUUAAUAGAUGCAUCACAAAAAAACCAACAACAACUCCAAUUGCCUCGAGUAAGAGGAUUAGCCAAUUUGGGAAAUACUUGUUUUUUUAAUGCCGUCAUGCAGUGUUUGGCACAAACACCAUUUCUCUUGGAUGUCCUCAAGGAAUCAUCCGAAUCGGGUGAAGAAUUUAUCCUUCCUGGAGGAACUUUCAAGUUCAACAAAGAUGAAGACGUCGAAUUGCCACCCAUCAAGGGUACCUUGAAUUCAUGGGGAGGUUUAACUAGUGCUUUGGCUCAGGCAUUAGAGGAAUUGCAAUCUGGAGGAGGUGUCUACAAUCCCAGCAAGUUGUUUGAUAAACUUUGCGCCAAAUGUCCACAAUUUUGUGGCGGAGAUCAACACGACUCGCAUGAGCUUCUACGUCAUUUACUUGAGAGUGUCAGAUCUGAUGACCUAAAACGUUACCAAAAAGUUAUCCUCCAAAACAUUGGCUACUACGAACAAGACACCAACAAUGUCAGCGAGGAAAUCAAAAAGAAAUGCAAAAUCUAUGGUCAACAGGCGGGCGAUCGAAUUCUUCGACCCGAACAAGUAUUUCGAGGAUUUCUGGUAUCUACCCUGCAAUGUCAGGAUUGUUUCCAUACCUCUUCCCGACAUGAAAACUUUCUCGAUAUGUCACUUCCGGUGAGUGUGGAAAAGCCACAGCCACCGAUGCGACGCAAAAAUAGCCCAGAAAAUGUGCCACAAGGUCCUUCCAAGCAUCAGCUAAAAAAAGAGAAAGAAAAAGAACGCAAAGCUAAGCGAGCCCAAAAACACCAACAAAAGAAGCAACUUAACUCAACCAACUCCAUGGAAACUAAUUCAUCGGCAUCGGAACAAUCCGAUGCCGAUGUGGAGGAUAACCUCAAUGAUGAUACAACUGCUGGAGCAGCAGCAGCAUCGAAAAUAACAACAACAACAACAGCAGCAACGGCAGCGCCGUCUAAUGAUGUUGUUGUUUCAACCUGCGAUCCUAAUGGCAACAGUAGCGAAUUGCCAAGUCCCCUCAAUCCAGAAAAACGUGGAGAUUCUCCCGAGAAUCCCAACAAGGAUUCCCUCGAUGACGAUGAAAAUGACUCAGGUAUUGCCACAAGCCCUGCCAAUGCUAGUGUGAAUGUUCAAGAUCGAUUUUUGGCGCAAACCAACAACGGAGAUGUUGAUGAAGCAGCUAGUGUGGCCAACAAUAAAGAAAUCGAAGUUGGCAUUAGUGAAAAAGGUGCCAACCUAGUCCGCCAAUUAUCUCUCUCCACCGCCGACAUGGCGAUCGCCUCGACCUCAGCAGUGAAUGGUGGAAACAACGAUUCGCUAUCCAACGACAUGGACCAACUCCAUCUUACCUCAGAAGCAGCAUCAGCAUUAGAUUCAAAAACUACCGCCGCCGCCCAGGCUGCAGCCACAAAACGAGCCAAAGCGAAACGUGUUCGCACCCAAAGCUACUCAGACUGGAGCACAACGAUCGCGCCGCGCUAUCAAUGCGAAGAUGGCGAGUGCUCAGUACAAUCGUGCCUCAAUAAUUUCACUGCCGUCGAACUAAUGACGGGCAAUAAUAAAGUGGGCUGUGACAAUUGUACGAAACGCAUUAACGGUGAAGGCGGCAAGACAAUCUACACCAACGCAACUAAACAAUUUCUAGUAUCUAGCCCUCCGGCGGUGCUUAUUUUGCAUUUGAAGCGUUUCCAAAUUGGCCAGCGUUGUAUCUUCCGCAAGUUGACUCUGCCUGUGGCCUUCCCAAUGGUCCUUGAUGUGGCGCCUUUUUGCGGGUCUAAAGUGAAGAACUUGCCAAAUAUCGACAGGAAACAGAAGAAACUCAUGUACGCGUUGUAUGGUAUAGUUGAGCAUUCGGGAGGAAUGUACGGUGGUCAUUAUACCGCCUAUGUUAAGGUUCGUCCACUGCUCCAACCCGACGACAAACGGUGGAAGUUUAUUCCCCAAGGCAGCAAGGCCGAGUUGGAUCAGGCCGACGAACAACGUGAAAAACUCGAAGAACUACUGGCCAAAGAGAAGGCUCGUGAUCUUCGCAUGAAGGCAAACGACAGCGAUGAUUUCUCCACCAGUUGCAGUUCUUCCGAGCCCGAAAUUGAUAAUGACGAAGAGCCAGAGCCCUCACCGGUUGAGGAGCCAAAUAUCACACCGCCACCUGGCAAAUGGUACUACGUGUCGGAUAGUCGAGUGCAGGAAGUCACUGAAGACACGGUGCUUAAAGCGCAGGCCUAUCUACUCUUCUAUGAGCGCAUAUACUAAAAAGGUUUUUCUUUUUUCUAGAAAAAUAAUAAGAAAAGAAUAGAAACUACUCAAUCCUAGCCGAGGAGCGUUUUUAGAACGAAAACAAAAGAAAAAAAAAAAAACUAUAUAAAUCUAUAAAAUUUGUUCUUCUUGA